AUGAUUUGUUUUGGAAUAACUUAUCUGAUUUCAAAGAUUCUAGCUGAUGACUUAGAAGAGACUUUAAAUAAAGCUCGUGAGUAUUCGAAAGAUAAUAAAUUCACAGAGGCCAAUGAGUAUUUUAAUAAAACUUUACAGUUUAAUAAUACCAAUAAGGCUUUAAUGUAUGAAUAUUAUCAAUUUUUAUUAUCUUAUGGUGCCUACCGUGAGAUAAUAAAAAGACAUAAGGAGUUGAAUGUUGAUAGUGAAACCGUUAAUACAAUAGAAUCUUAUUAUAGGACAGUAAAAAUUGGUGAUGUUACAAAAAUUGCUAAACUAAUUAAAAUUAGUCCCAAUUCUAAAGACGUCGUUUAUUACAGCAUAUUUGAUGCUCUAAAGAAAUCUAAUAGAACUCAAACUGAUUUUCUAAUAGAAAGAUAUUUUGAAUUAAGUCAAAAUGAAAAUAUGUAUCAUUUCUUAAAAGGAAGGGUUUUAUUGGUUGAUAAUAGGUUUGAUGAGGCUAGAAAUGAGUUUAUAAAAGCAAAUGAAUAUGAAAUUGCCAAUAUUAUUAAGAAUUUUCUUAGAGAAUUAAAUUACAUAGAUGAAAUUAAUGAUUCUAUCAAAUUUAAUUACUUAAUAAGGCUAUACAGUAAAGCCCAGCCUUUGAUGGGUCGAGACCUAAUGAAUCCAAAUUUAUAUCAACCUUUAGUUAAAAAGGUUUUGAUUAAGUUAAUAGAAGAAGCUAUUAUUAAUAAGAUUCCUGAUUGUAGUUGCUAUACAACUCGUUUACUUGUAUUUGAACCAUCAAAUAUCAAGUUUAUUCAGUACCACAUUCAAAUUUUACUAAAUACUGGUAAAAUUAAUGAGGCUGAACGUUACUUAGAAAAUUUUAAAGGAAGAUUUUCAAAUCAAUUGGUUAAAUUUUUAUCAAAUUUGAUCUUAGCUAAAAAACAGUCUGAAGAGGAAGAUAGGAAAAAAGAAGAAGAAAAGAGGAGACAAGAGCAGGAAAGAAGAAAACAGAAACAAAAAAGACUGAUUAAUUCUAAUAAGACAAACAAAGCUAGUACUGACUUUAAGGGGUAUUAUAAAUUACUGGGAGUUGAGCCUUCAGCAGACCUCAAAGAAAUUAAAAAAGCUAAAAAAGUUGCUGUAAGAGCUUUUCAAAAGAAAAAAAAGAAGAGCAAAGGAACAAUCGAUGAAACAGAAAUGAUGAAUAUUAAUAAAGCAUAUGAGAUUCUUUCAGAUGAAAAUAAGAGACAGAUGUAUGACAAUGGAAUUGAUCCAGAAGAUCCUAUUGCCAGACAACAAGGAGAAGGACCUAACUUUGAAUAUCAAAACUUUGAUUUUGAUGACUUUGGUGAUAUGUUUAAAAUGAUUUUUAAUGUGAAUGAAAGAUCUAACAGACAGAGAAUCUUUACUCAAGAGGGUGGAAAUAAUAACAGAAGUUAUAGAAGAGUUGUCUAUUAUUAUUAA